CAGCAAUGGUGAGCAUCGGAUCCAUUGCUGCCAGAGUCCGCUUCUCCUACUGCUCGGCCUCCUCCCACCAUCAUUCUCCUUCUGCACAGGCGACUCUCCACCGAACCCUACGCUUCAUCACCAAAGUCCGUCUCAAAUGGGUCAAGAACCGCGGCCUCGAUCACAUUAUCGACCGCGACACCGACAUCAAAGCCGCCGCACUCCUCAUCGAUCUCAUCGCUCGCUCCCCUUCUUCCUCACCCAUCCCUGCCCGCUCCCUCUCCCAUCUCCAGAGAAACCUAGGCCUCACCGUCCCCGUCCUCCGCUUCCUCCGUCGCUACCCCACCCUUUUCAUCGAAACCCCCCAUCCCCGUUACCCAUCCCUCCCCUCUUUCUCCCUCGCGGCAGCCGCCGUCCUCCUCCGUCGCCGUGAACUCGAUCUUUACUCCGCUGACGCGUCUGCUGCCGCUUCCCGCCUCGCGCGCAUCCUCAUGAUGUCUCGUUCCCGCUCGCUUCCAUUCCGCGCUCUUGCUCCCCUCCGUUAUGAUCUUGGGCUCCCAUCCACCUUCGCCACUUCCCUUGUCCCCUCUCGCCCUGAUCUCUUCCGCAUCGUCGCCAGAGGCGACCAGCAUCGCCUCACCCUCGUCGACUGGCCGUCCGAUCUCGCUGUCUCUGCCCUCCAGCUUCGCCACGCGGACUCCAUCUCCAAUCCUUCGUAUCGAGAUUUUAAACGCGGCGCGUUUUCCUCCGCCACGCCUCUUACCUUUAAUAUGAGCUUCCCGCGUGGCUACGGCGCGCAGAAGAAGGUCAAGGCCUGGAUGGAGGAGUUUCACCGGCUGCCCUAUUUUUCCCCCUACGAAGAUUGUUCUGGGAUCGACCCAGAGAGCGAGUUGAUG